CAUUCCAUCCGUCUCUGUUCACCGUCUCUCCGAUCAGAUUCAUCCUAUCGGCUCCGAUGACUGUCUUUCCGGCCGUCGUCGCCGCACUUCUAGCGCUUUCCACCUUGGUCGCUGGAGGCCGUCACUUCGCCGGAGAUAAUGGCCUCCUUCUACCCUCCGAAGCUUCUAGGUUCUUCCGCCCGGGUGGUGCUGCCGACGAUGAUGUCGGCGGCGAAUCUGCCGGGACCAGAUGGGCGGUUCUGAUAGCUGGAUCUAACGGUUACUGGAAUUACAGGCACCAGGCUGAUAUUUGCCAUGCCUAUCAACUCUUGAAGAAAGGUGGAUUGAAAGAUGAAAACAUCAUUGUUUUCAUGUAUGAUGACAUCUCUUUCAAUGAAGAGAACCCUAGGCCUGGAAUCAUCAUAAACAGCCCACAUGGUGAAGAUGUUUAUGAAGGUGUACCAAAGGACUAUACUGGAGAAGAUGUUACUGUUGAUAACUUUUUUGCUGUUAUCCUUGGCAACAAAACAGCUCUUUCAGGGGGUAGUGGGAAGGUUCUGGACAGUGGUCCGAAUGAUCAUAUUUUCAUAUACUAUUCUGAUCAUGGAGGUCCUGGGGUGCUCGGUAUGCCAACUAGUCCUUACCUUUAUGCUAAUGAUCUGAUCGAAGUCUUAAAGAAGAAGCAUGCUUCUGGUACCUAUAAUAGCUUGGUAUUUUAUCUUGAAGCUUGUGAAUCUGGAAGUAUAUUCGAGGGCCUUCUUCCUGAAGGUCUGAAUAUCUAUGCCACCACAGCCUCAAAUGCAGAAGAAAGCAGUUGGGGAACCUAUUGCCCAGGAGAGGAUCCUAGUCCUCCCCCAGAAUAUGAAACCUGCUUGGGUGACUUGUAUAGUGUUGCUUGGAUGGAGGACAGUGACGUGCACAACCUGCGGACUGAAACGUUGAGGCAGCAGUAUGAACUGGUUAAAAAGAGGACUGCAAAUGACAAUUCUGUUUAUGGCUCCCAUGUCAUGCAAUAUGGUGAUCUAAGUCUCAACAAGGAAGAGCUUGUUCUGUAUAUGGGUACAAAUCCUGCAAAUGAUAACUACACUUUUGUGGACAACAACUCCUUGAGGUUACCUUCAAAGGCUGUUAACCAGCGUGAUGCCGAUCUUGUUCAUUUCUGGGACAAGUUCCGCAAGGCUCCCGAAGGCUCUCCAAGGAAAGCUGAAGCUCAGAAGCAGUUUCUUGAAGCAAUGUCUCACAGAACACAUGUAGACCAUGCCAUAAAACUCGUUGGGAGGCUUCUGUUUGGAAUGAAAAAAGGUUCUGAGGUUCUGAAGACUGUCCGGCCUGCAGGGCAGCCUCUUGUUGACGACUGGCACUGCCUUAAAACACUGGUGAGAACUUUUGAGGCACACUGUGGAUCCCUAUCCCAGUAUGGGAUGAAGCACAUGCGCUCCAUCGCCAACAUCUGCAAUGCUGGCAUCGAAAAGGAGCAGAUGGCCGAGGCAUCGGCACAAGCCUGUGUCACCAUUCCUCCUGGUCCAUGGAGCUCUCUUGACAAGGGAUUCAGUGCCUGAUGAAAGCAGAACACAGAGACUAAUCAGUACCCGAUUCAUUGGAUAUGUUCUGUUUCAGGUUGUGAGCUUCUAUAUAUGGAAAACAUAUUAUAUCCUUAUUGUACACAUCCAUGCUGCUUCUACUGGUUGCUCCAGUGUAAAUAUAGCCUUAAGGAAAAAAAACAUCUCCUUCAUGAAACUUGGAUUGUAAUGAAGCUAAGUGAUCAGGCUGUAAAUAAUUUCACUGUGCUUGGUAUGCGUUUAUAAAAUCCCAAACUUAGAAGUUUGAGUGUGGGCAACUUAAGAAA